AUGGACUGCAAAGAUGCAGCCCCGCCCCCUUUCCAGCCUACUACUCAAUUGAUUGACCCAACUCGGAUUGACCUCAUGGCUGCUGUGUCUGCUCUCCCGGCCAUCGCAGCCUCCUCUCUGCUCACCCAGCACCUUUACUACGACGACACUGAGCUGUUCUCCAGUGUAGGCCGUGUUAUCUCACAGUAUGCAGCCACUAAGGACGGUCAAGAGGUACUGGUGUUGGACCAAACUGUCAUGCAUCCACAGGGAGGAGGUCAGCCCAGUGAUGUGGGGGUCAUUUCCUCUCCUGAUGGUGAGACGAGCUUCAGAGUGGGGCAUGUACAGAAGCCUCGCGGUGCUGGCUACAUUGAGCACGUAGGAGAGUACAGCUCCCCCGGAAGGUUCACAGUGGGGGAUGAGGUGUCAGUGGAGAUCGAUAGUACACGAAGGAUGCUCCACGCUCGACUUCACAGUGCUGGUCAUCUUCUGGACACUGCCUUUGUCAAUAUCGGAGUAAAGGACCUCAUCCCAGAGAAGGGCUACCAUUUCCCCGAUGGUCCGUACGUUGAAUACGUUGGCAACAUUCCUGCUGAGAAGAGAGAGACGACCAUACAACAGCUCAACAAAGAAGCUCAGCGACUUAUUGAGGAAGCGGCUGGGGUUGUCGUGACAAUGAAUGAUAAAGGGGAGCGUGUGGUGGACGUGGGCGGUAGCGAGUGUCCGUGUGGAGGGACCCACGUCAAGGGUGUGGCUGAUAUCAGAGGUCUCACUGUCACUAAAAUUAAGAAGAGCAAAAAGAACGUUAGAGUUUCCUAUGUACUCAGUGACAAUUAAAAACUCUUUGUUUAGUGUUUCACGUGUGCUUGUUUGUGUAGAGGACAGGUGUUUCUAUCAUUGCUUUGUGCAAUCAUGUGUGCUUCUGUGUUUUGAUGCAAUAUUUUGAUAUAGCA